AUGCGAGGCAUAUCUUUGCCGCUGCUGCUUCUCGCGCUUUUCGUAGCGUCAGUCUCCGUCGCGCCUGUUUUUGGAAGGACCUUAUCUACUCGUCGCAGCCUCGCCCUCAAGGCCCUCUCGCUCGUGAGCUUUCCGGGAUCGUCAACCAUUACUCUGCUAGCAAAUCCCGGAGACACUGGCGGAGAUAUCGGCGGAGAUACCGGCAGUGGCGGCGAAAUUGGGGGAGGGGGCGAUGCGGGGGAAGGCGGAGAACCUGGCGGACCUGGCGGAGACGUCGGCGGCGAUCAGGGCGGUCCUGAGGGCCCCCCUGGUGGCGACAACGGGGAUACCGCCAGUGGCGGAGAUCCCGGCAGUGGCGGCGACGUUGGGGGAGGCGAGGACGGCCCGCCACUGAUCGGCGCUGGCGGAAAGGGAGGAAAGGGCGGAAAGGGAGGGAAAGGUGGAAAGGGCGGAAAGGGAGGAAAGGGCGGAAAGGGAGGGAAAGGGGGCAAGGGGGGAAAGGGAGGGAAACCUGGUAACCAGCAGGGUGGAGCUGGCGGAGAGCAGGGGGAAGCUGGCGGAGAGCAAGGGGGAGCUGGCGGAGAGCAGGGGGGAUCUGGCGGACAGCAGGGAGGAUCUGGUGGAGAGCAGGGCGGGGCUGUUGAGGAGCAGGGGGGGUCAGGGGGGGCGGAUGGUAGCCAGACUGGGGGCAUAACGAGCACCGGAAAGGGCGGAAAGGGAGGAAAGGCUGGGAAAGGCGGAAAGGGUGGGAAAGGAGGGAAAGGGAGCAAGGGGGGAAAGGGAGGGAAACCUGGUAACCAGCAGGGCGGGCCUGGCGGAGAGCAAGGGGGAUCUGGCGGAGAGCAAGGUGGGGCUGGCGGAGAGCAGGGGGGAUCCGGCGGAGACCAGGGGGGACCUGGCGGAGAGCAGGGGGGAUCUGGUGGAGGGGCUGGCGGGGAGCAGGGUGGGGCGGAUAGUAGCCAGACUGGGGGCACAACGAGCACCGGAAAGGGCGGAAAGGCUGGGAAGGGCGGAAAGGGUGGGAAAGGAGGGAAAGGGGGCAAGGCCUGCGUCGCCUUCCUAUUGGCCUCUCUGGUGCGUGUGUGCAUACAACCCUCCCUCAUCUCUCCCCAUUCGCAUUCACAUGGGGGGUCAUUGCAGCCUGCGUCGCCUUCCUAUUGGCCUCUCUGGUUCUUCUAUGGGACGGCCUUUCACAUCCCUUCUGCUGUAAACACCUCUAUCGGACCUUCCUCUCCUGUCGUCGCCCUCUCUAGAGCAACGGGUGCUGCAGCGUCCCUUGCAGCACAGCAAGCGUCCCAUGCAGCACAGCAAGCCGUCCAAGCAGCCCCACUGCCCCAGCAGAGCCAGCAACGUCCGCCACUCCUGCUGGGACCUCUUCCUCCCUGCAUCUUCUACAGCCUAUG